GGUAUGCAAGUCUGUUGUUGUUUUUAAGCCAAAUAUAAUACCUAGUAACGAAGGGAAGUGUGGCUCACGUUGCUAACAGCCAUUGCAAUAUAAUUUACAAGCCACUAGAGAGAGUGAUUUGAACGUAUUAGCUCUCCGGUGUCUUUACAGCACUGACACCUGUGAUAUGCUGCACACGUUAACAUAUCGGUAGUUUUAUCCCUUCUCAGGGUUACGAGCCAAGUAUCUUGGAGAAGGUGUGGAGUUGAUGCAAACGAUGUUUGCGCAUAUAAAGCAUGUGGUACCGAAAGGGGGAACCGUCUUUCUUGGCCAUGGCGCAACAUGGCAGGCAUCCAACUUAUGUAGGAAGAGUCUACAGGGUAUUCCGUAUACAUUUGCACAUACAGAGCAACGCUUGUUUACAAGUGCACAGACAUCAAUAUUUAGAAAUAUAGGGAGGCCCCGACGAAAUCCGAAUCAGAAAGGAACAAGUUUAGUAUAUAAGAGACACUGUAGAGGCGAGAAGAAAACACCCAGUGCUAAAGAGAAGACAGGCGAGGCUAAAUUGAAAGAGAAACCUGAAGGCGAAAAUGGGGUUAAGAACAAGGACGGCGGAAAACAAG